AUGUACCUGGCUAAAAGAGACAACCAGGAGAAGAUGAUCUACUAUCUCCUGUUGGACAGGAAGGAGCGUUACCCCAGUUACGAGGAUGAAGAUCUGCCGCCCCGAAAUGACUACUGCGCAUUCGUCUCCCUUCUGUUCAUCCUCAUCUCCAUCUCCACCUUCUGCAUGGAGACGCACGAGGCCUUCAACACCAUCUACAACAAGACGGAGAACGUGACAGAGGGAAGCGUGACGCGCGAGGUGAUCGUCUACGAGGUGGUGACCGACAGCUGGCUUACGUACGUGGAGGGCAUGUGCGUCGUCUGGUUCACCAUUGAGGUGAUGGCACGCGUGGUCUUCUGCCCGGAUAAGGUCGAGUUCUUCAGGAACACCCUCAACAUCAUCGACUUCAUUGCCAUUAUGCCCUUCUACCUGGAGGUGGGGCUGAGCGGCCUGUCCUCCAAAGCCGCCAAGGACGUGUUGGGCUUCCUGCGCGUGGUCCGCUUUGUUCGCAUCCUGCGUAUCUUCAAGCUGACCCGCCACUUCGUGGGACUUCGCGUCCUGGGCCACACGCUCCGCGCCAGCACCAAUGAGUUCCUCCUGCUCAUCAUCUUCCUUGCUCUCGGAGUGCUCAUCUUCGCAACCAUGAUCUACUAUGCCGAGCGCAUCGGCGCAGACCCCGACGACCCUACGGCUGCCAAACACACAAACGUCAAGAACAUCCCCAUUGGCUUCUGGUGGGCUGUGGUCACCAUGACCACUCUGGGCUACGGGGACAUGUUCCCCGAGACGUGGUCGGGGAUGCUGGUGGGCGCGCUGUGCGCCCUGGCGGGGGUGUUGACCAUCGCCAUGCCUGUGCCCGUCAUUGUCAACAACUUUGGCAUGUACUACUCAUUGGCCAUGGCUAAGCAGAAGCUGCCCAAGAAAAAGGGCAAGCACAUCCCCCGGCCCACCAUGCCAGGCUCGCCCAGCUACUGCAAGCCCGACGCCCUCGCCCUGGCCACUGCCUCGCCCCAUAGGAUCCUGGGUAAUGUACUCGGCGAGGUGAUCUGGUCCGGAGGCCUUGACUGCCCCCUCGCUCAAGAGGAGAUCACAGAGAUCAACCGAGGUGAAACAUUUCUAUUUUUAAUCCUCAGCCCCCUAUUUUAAGACACAGACUGCAAGUUAACAAAAUUGCUUCGACCUUGACUCAUAAGAUUGGUAUGAGUUUGUAAACACAACAUGGAGCUUCGCUGAGCAUCUGGGCACACCACCACUGGUCUCCAACAAGGGCGUAGAACUGAAAUUAACCCGGCAAAAUAUUAUAUUUUUGGCAAAGAUGUUGUCAAAUGGUACAGUUUAGUGUCAAUAGAUAUCCAUUCAAUCAA